GGGGCGCGGGGGGAGCGGCGGGCGGCCGGGCAUGGCGUCGAUGGCGGCGGCUAUCGCGGCCUCGCGCUCGGCGGUCAUGAGCGGGAACCGGCCUCUGGACGACCGGGAGCGGAAGCGCUUCACCUACUUCUCGUCGCUGAGCCCCAUGGCCAGGAAGAUCAUGCAGGACAAGGAGAAGAUCCGCGAGAAGUACGGGCCCGAGUGGGCGCGGCUGCCGCCCGCGCAGCAAGACGAGAUCAUCGACCGGUGCCUGGUGGGGCCGGGCGCCCCCGCGCCGCGCGGCCCCGGGGACCCGGGGGACUCCGAGGAGCUGGCGCGCUUCCCCGGCCUGCGCGGGCCCACGGGCCAGAAGGUGGUGCGCUUCGGGGACGAGGACAUAACUUGGCAAGAUGAGCACUCAGCCCCUUUCUCCUGGGAAACGAGGAGUCAGAUGGAGUUCAGUGUCUGUUCCCUUUCCAUCCAAGAGCCGGGCAGUGGCAUGGCCAGCGAGCCGAGACAGCUGUCAAAAGCCUGCCAGGGCUCCCAGGCCCUCCGGCCCUCUCAGGGCAGCAAGUCCUCCAGCCUGGAUGCCCUGGGUCCUGCCCGGAAGGAGGAGGAAGCUUCCUUCUGGAAGAUUAAUGCAGAGCGGUCCCGGGGAGAGGGGCCCGAGGCUGAGUUCCAGUCGCUGACCCCCAGCCAGAUCAAGUCCAUGGAGAAAGGUGAAAAGGUCCUGCCUGCCUGUUACCGGCAGGAUCCCGCCCUGAAGGACAGGGAGGCCAAGGGGGAAAGGCCCAGCAACCUUCGCCAGGAGCAGCGUGUCCUUCCUUGCACCAGCAUCGAGCCCGAGAGGGCCCAGCCUGUCCCGGCCUGCACCAGCACCGUGAAAGAAGCCACCCUGUCCGAACCUGGGGGGAAGCUGCCCUCUCCUGAGGACCGCCGGGAGGACCUGGAGGAUGUAGAGGAUGCGCUGUUCUCGGAACCCAUGCCUACACAGGUCACCUCAAGUAAUGUCGUCUUGAAGACAGGAUUUGAUUUUCUGGACAACUGGUAAAAUGUAUUAGACCAAAUAAUAAUGAUAAAACCAAGAACCCCUAAGUGUUUUCCAAAGUGGUGUGGUGGAGGAGGAUAAAACAGGCAGUAUUUCCCUGUGUAUUUUCCUGGUUCUGUACACUUUUCUUAAUCAUUUGGAAACUGGUAUAUAUUGCCUUGUCCAGAUUUCCAGUUUUUUCUCUUUUUGGUAAGGCCAGAUAUAUAUGCUAUUUUCAAUGAUUUGAUAACAGAAGUUUUGCAUUUGGAAUUUUUAAAGACUGUAGAUCUUCUACAUAAAGCUUCUGUUCCCAGUUCUACCAAAUUUCACCCCGCUCAGAGCAAGAGUUUUCUCAUUGUGUCACAAAAGUUGUAAAAGUGAUUUCCGUCUCUUUCUCCUUUAGCCUCUCCCCUUUAUAUUGAUCAGGUGAACUCUGUUGGGGGGUUGUUGGUGAUGUCCUCAGCAGUAGUGGCUCCAGCACUCUGGCUGGCUGUAACCAUGGAAAGAUGACACCACCACCUCCCCCUACCCCCCAGUGCCCCUAGUUCCUACCCAGCGUUCCCAGCUGUCCAGGGCUUCCUGAAGCCACCCUUCUUGCCUUGUGUGCCACCCUCCACCCUCAACAUUUCCAGGAAACAGACUGUUGGCACAUAGCAGAAAUGGUCCUAAGCUGCCCUGAUAACAUAUUCAAAUUAUUCAUCAUUGUUUAAGAAGAGUUGCAUGUUUAAAAGUUUUAUAUUAACUUCUCAUUAUUUUGUAUCUAGGUUUAGAGGUUGUAGGGCUACCACUUUUCUUGGGUGUGUACUUGUUUCUUUUUGGAAGUUCUUUGCUACCUAGUGGCCUGGUGGAUGGAUGUUCCCUGUCCUGAGCAUCUGCAGGAGUAAGGGCAGAUGGCAGGUAUCAGAAGACAGGACUCUCCUGAUUAGUUGGGUUAGAACCUUCCAGCAUGAGUCUGGAAGGGACAAUGGACAUCCUUCAUCCUGAGGACUGAUCAGACUCUCCUGAUGGAUCUCCCUCUGCAUCCCUGGCCAUCAGCAGAAGUGGAAGAGUCAAGUUUCUGUAUCGCCCUGCAGUGUACCUUGGAGACCUUGGCAGUCGUUCCAAAGGCAUCUCUUAGAGUGAGACUUUGCUACCCACUGCUGCUUGGUGGAGGCAGCUCCGAGGCCGCCGGGGAAGCAGGGCGAGGGGCAGGGCGAGGAGGAGCGUGGGCCUCACCCCGGGAAGCCUGUGCCCUGACCAGUGGCUCUGAGCUGCGUGAGCCUGCCAGACGUGCCCGAGUGUGAUCUACACAUUGUCUCUCACUGUGUUCUCCUCACCCGAAGCCUUAAUCCACCCCUACGAGUCCUGCCAGUGAGCACCCAGUUUCAGUAUCAAAGUGUGUCUUUUUAAAAAUGCAUUCCUGUUUUAUACAACCUUCUUACGUGAUUUCAAGACUAUCUUAUCUGGCUCUGAGGUAAAGCACGUGACAACUUUUUUUCCGGGAACGGUUCUGCCAAAGCUGUGCCCUGGCCAACUUUUGGGUUGGUUUCUGCCAAUCGCAUUAUAUCCCUAAGCCUCAUUUGGUCUCUUAAGGUUGUGGGUUUGACCUUCCUGCUUUGGUGACUGGCUGUAUUAUGGCAAAUAUAGGUCCUUAUUCUACCAUUUAAAGAUAGUUGAAACGUGCCAGGAAAAAAGGGUUUCUAGCCUGGUGGAGAGGGAAAGAGGGGCCUAGGCUAGCUGGCCCAGCAGCUAGUGCUCGCCCCCAGGUCAGCCCCGACCGCCUGGCUCCCGGCCCGCGCUCCUUCAGAACCCAGGCUCGCAAACACAGUUCCUUAAAAGAGCGAGAGGGAUGUACGGGUGUGAGUUUGUAUUCGUUGGUGCUGAUGUAGCAGGGAGGAAUGAACUACAUCCGGGAAGUUAGCCCAAGGUGAUCUGUCUCCUCCUGGGAGAUGAUUCUCAUUUCCUGCCAACCUUCUCAUAAAGCCCAGUUUAUUCCUUUCAUGUUCUCCUGGGAGCUGAGGGGCCGCGGGGUUGGCUGGAAGCCUCUGCCCCCCUAGUGCCACCGGGAGUCGCGACUCCGAGGUGCUUAGUCAUCUCUUACCACAGCAUUUCAAGUUUCGUAAUGGCCAGCCUCCUGAGAUUAAAUGUAAAGUCAAAACUUAGGGAAUCCUAGAGUCUGUUGCUUUGCCCUGCUUUCAGAAGUAAGGGACUGCGAGAGGGAGAAGUGGAGGCCCAGAGGGCCACCCCCCCACCCGCACAUCUCCUCACCCCGGGCAGUCUGCAGGGACGGUCCUGCCCCGCCCUCCUGGGGACCUUGUUCCGUGUGUCCACGGAAGGACAGAUUAAGCUCUUAGGUGUGCCACCCACCUCCCCCCCACCCCUGCCCAUGUAUCAGGGUGGCGUUUCUAGAAGCAAAAAUUUAUAUUUAUUAUUUUAAAAAUACACACUUUUCGACUGAAGCCUGUAUUUGGUUUGGGUGCCCACCCCACACCCUCAUUCUGUGCACUUGAAUUCAGCUCAAGGAUUUAGUGUUUUGCUUUGGGUGACUGUUGUGCAAAGUCUCCCCCAGGAAGUCAGAAACCAGUUUCAGUUCUUUGACUUGGGGGUCCCUACCCCGCUCUCUGGGUUUGGGAGUGCUGCCCACAUGGGGACUGCUGGGGCCUGUCACCCGGCCCUUGCCACACACGGCCCCCACGUGGAUGUCAGAGCCACCUCCCUUUCUUUGCUCCUCCCUUUCUUUGAUACACCUUUUCAAGAAAAUGAAAAAUUCUUACUGACAACUUGUAACUUGGUUGUAUUUUAUAUUAAUAGCCUUUAAUAAAGCCAUUUAAAAUAUG